AUCUGGCGGAAAAUAAACAAAACCCAAAAAUCUGUCUGUUCGUGUUCUUUUUUCUCUACGUGCGUGAAAUGAUCAAUCGAAAGACCAAACUUUAUUUGCAAUAUUGAAUGUUUGUAUCAAUUAGUGCUUAAAUAUAUAUAGUUAAUAAACCUCGCAUUUAAUUGUGGUGUGUGCUAGAUCUGAAGUGAAGUGAAAUGUGGUCGAUGACAGUGUAAAACUAAUAAAACCCCAGCAAUCAAAUUAUGUUAUUGUAAAUAACAAUAUAAUCUGUGAUCUCUGUGUAUAGCCGCUAGUUUAUAUACACGUUAAUCAGUGUUAAUUAAUUAUUUAGUUAAUUAAUCAUUUAGUUUGUUUAUGAGUUCACAAUGAGUGGUGUCAGCUUGAAACCGCCGCCGCCGCUGAAGCAAAUCGAUUUGGAUCAGAUAUGGGGCGACCUGCGCGAGGGCAUAGAGCAUGUCUACAGGAAACAACAUAUGGAGAGAAAGAGAUACAUGGAGCUGUAUACUCAUGUAUACAACUACUGCACCUCGGUGCAUCAGAACACGCAGAACCGGGGCGCUGGCCUUGUCAAUAAGAAACAGAGUCCAGCGACGACUGGCGGCGCUCAGCUGGUGGGCUUGGAGCUCUACAAGCGGCUCAGGGAAUUCCUCAGGAACUACCUCGUCAAUCUCCUCAAGAACGGAGCCGAUCUGAUGGGUGAAGAUGUUCUGGCGUUCUACACCAACCAGUGGGAGGAAUACCAGUUCAGCUCGCGCGUGCUUAACGGAGUCUGCGCUUACCUCAACCGGCAUUGGGUUAAGCGUGAGUGCGAGGAGGGGAGGAAGGGUAUAUACGAGAUAUAUCAGCUGGCAUUGGUCACGUGGCGCGACAACUUGUUCAAAUGUCUGAACAAGCAGGUCACCAACGCCGUGCUGAAGCUGAUCGAGCGGGAGCGCAAUGGGGAGACUAUUAACACCAGACUUGUUUCUGGGGUGAUCAACUGCUACGUGGCCCUGGGUCUGAACGAGGAGGACCCCAGCGCCCGCGGCCAGAACCUCGCCAUCUACAAGGACACCUUCGAAGCGGUGUUCUUGGAAGAUACGGAGAGGUUCUACACUAGAGAGAGCACCGAAUUUCUGAGGAAUAACCCGGUCACCGAGUACAUGAUCAAGGCCGAGCAGCGUUUGCAAGAGGAGCAGAGACGCGUGCAAGUAUAUUUGCACGAGACGACCAUGGAGCGGCUCGCCAAGACCUGCGACCGAGUGCUCAUCGAGAAACAUCUCGAGAUAUUCCACGCAGAGUUCCAGAAACUUCUCGACGGCGAUAAGAACACCGACUUGGGACGGAUGUAUAGCCUUCUCGCUCGCAUCCCGGACGGUCUCACCGAGCUGCGUCGCCUGCUAGAGCAACACAUCCACGCGCAAGGGCUCCACGCGAUUGACAAGUGCGGGGAACCGGCGCAUACGGACCCGAAGGUGUACGUGUCAACGAUACUCGAAGUGCACAAGAAAUACAACGCGCUCGUGUUGGUGGCAUUCAACAACGAUUCCGGCUUCGUGGCAGCCCUGGACAAGGCUUGCGGACGAUUCAUUAACAGCAACGCCGUGACUCGCGCCGCAAACUCUUCGUCCAAGAGUCCCGAGUUGCUUGCAAAGUACUGCGACCUGCUGCUGAAGAAAUCCAGCAAAAAUCCUGAGGAGGCAGAGCUGGAAGACACACUCAACCAAGUGAUGGUGGUGUUUAAAUACAUAGAAGACAAGGACGUUUUCCAAAAGUUCUACAGUAAGAUGCUUGCCAAGCGGCUCGUUCAACAUAUGUCCGCCAGCGAUGACGCUGAAGCAUCAAUGAUCUCAAAACUGAAGCAGGCAUGCGGGUUCGAAUACACGAGUAAGCUGCAGAGGAUGUUCCAGGACAUCGGCGUAUCUAAAGACUUGAACGAGAACUUCCGAAAGCACAUGUCGAAUAGCUCGGAGCCGUCCCUGCACAUCGACUUCAGCAUCCAGGUGCUCUCGUCUGGGUCCUGGCCCUUCCAGCAAUCAUCUUCCUUCCAACUGCCCACAGAACUCGAGCGCUCCGUGAGCCGCUUCACAACAUUCUACUCGUCUCAACACUCGGGCCGCAAGCUCAACUGGCUGUACAACAUGAGCAAGGGCGAGCUCGUCACCAACUGCUUCAAGAACAGAUACACGCUUCAAGCCAGUACGUUCCAAAUGGCGGUGUUGCUACAAUACAAUGAGAAUACAGCGUGGAGCGUACGCCAGUUAGAGCAACAUACAGGCAUCAAGGGGGAUUUUCUCGUUCAGGUGCUGCAAAUCCUGCUGAAAGCCAAGCUGCUGGUGUGUCAAGAAGACGAAACCGAGCUGACCGAGUCAUCCAUUGUGGAACUCUACGUAGGAUAUAAGAACAAGAAACUAAGGGUGAACAUCAAUAUACCGCUGAAGACCGAGCUGAAGGUGGAACAGGAGGCCACGCACAAGCACAUCGAGGAGGACCGGAAGAUGCUCAUACAGGCGGCGAUCGUACGGAUAAUGAAGACCAGAAAGACGCUGAAACACCAACAUCUGGUGGUGGAGGUGCUCAACCAGCUCUCGUCGCGGUUCAAGCCACGCGUUCCCGUCAUCAAGAAAUGCAUCGACAUCCUGAUAGAGAAGGAAUAUCUGGAGCGCACCGAGGGGGAGAAGGACACAUAUAGCUACCUGGCGUGAUUGCACCAGACAAUGUAUAUGAAUUAAUGAAUAUAACAAUAUUAAUGUA